AAAGUGAAUCCAUAAUGGCAAUCUCGAAAGACAAGAGAAGUCGCUGAUUGGAAAGGGCGACAACGGAUUUUGAGAAACACGGGCGCCGUCGGUACUAAUUGGACGUGGCGAUUGGUCAUUCCAUCAUUACAUUAGUGGAUCAGUUCGUUAGGGUUCUUGACAGUUGAGCUCGAUUAACUGCUGCUUUUUGUAUAAAUAUGCUUGUGGAGAUGGAAAUCAGCGUCUGAAAGCUCGUUCGUGAAAUCCAUUUGCACUUCAUCAAGAAAAUGGGUGAAGCCCUUUUCGAUCUCGAACAUGUUCUUCGCUCAAAAAAGGAGCAAUUGACACUGGAAGAAGCAAAUGUAUUGCUGCAAUGGAGGGCUCAGGCUAUGAGAGACUUCACAGUUGGUUUCGGUGGUGGUUCAAUUGUUACUUGGCUAGCGACCCAAAGGCUACGUUAUCUACUCCGCCUUAACAUUACACUGGGGGCUGCUGCUGCUUGUGGAUUCUGGAGAGUUGGUAGGUCCGUUGAAUCAUCUGUUGAACAUAUUCUUUCACUGGAAGGGACUCGGAUACAGAGAGAGUUGGCAAACAUAAUGUUGAUGAAGUAUCACAAUGAUCCAUGGGUGAUGCAGCGUCUCUCAAAGCAUUUUUACUCAGAAGAAGUUUAUGACGAUUCAUCAGUAGACAGGCCAACACUUAGGUGGCGUUUCCGUAACUUUUUUGGAGAUCCUGUUACUCGUUCCGAGAGUACAUCCUACAGGGACGAAACUGAUUCUCAGAAUAAUGAUGUCAAGAAAACUACAACCGAGCCAAAGCACGUUAAUGUGGAUACUGCCUGGGACAUUAUGGAGAACCCAUUUGAUCUCAUUUUUGGGCAACCUGGAGAUGUCGAAACUGUUCCUCAUGCUGAUACCCCCAGCGUAUCAUCUUUGAGACAGAGGCGUAGAGAGAGACGAGCUCGUCGUAGGCAUAGGAGGCAUCAUCAAGAUGAAUCUGAUGUUUGAAAUUCCUGAAGAUUCUGUCUCCAUUAAUUUGAAAAAUAACGAAGUUGGAACCUUGUCGUUCUGCAUCAGCGCUUGCUGAACUUUCAGCUAUGUCAGGUAACAUUGAAACUCUGUUAUGACCAUUUGUAUGAAAUAUUUAUAGCAUUUGUAAAACCAUGUGGAUUACAUGUUACUUGUCUAAGUCUUGAAGGAGAGAAUUCCCUUUUUUUCUUUUCUUUAGUCAGAAAAUAUAUCUUUUGCUUCA